GUGGUAGUAAACACGAACAAAUAAUUGACGAACAGGGCUGUAUUGAACAAGUAACAUAAAACGCAGAUGAAUGCAGGGAAAAGGGUAAGAGAUAGUAAACACACUCGGAGUAAACACUGUCUGGUCAAUUCAUUGUGUGUGGCAGCAACAUUCCUUUAAAAUAGCUCCAUACAGACAGGUGAGAAAUGAAAGACGCCUCCAGAACAUCUUCACAGUACCUUGGCAUAGACUGAUCGAGUCCCUGAAACUGGACUGGACUGAUAUCUGUUCAGUAAUGCUCACUCUUUUCAGGGGAAAGUAGCUAAUACUGCUCAGGAGCUCCCCCUGCUUUGGAGAUCACACCCUCACCUGGACAGUCAUGAGUUUUUCUCCAAGCCCAUGCGUUCCUGCAGGCGUGCGCAGCAUUCAAGAGCAGCGGGAACGUUGGGACCGGAAGAGGAAGCGGACAGGACGAGAACUGGUCCAGAGCGAACAGAGAUACUGCGAAAAGCUGAACCUUAUCACCACAUACUUUGUGGAGAUUCUGAAGGCCAAAGGAACCCUGAGGCAGGACAUUAGAGAGAGCAUCUUCAGUUCAAUUAAAUCAAUUCAUUUAGUAAACCAGACGCUGCUUGGCUAUCUGGAGGACGGGAACUUUGGCGUUGGAUUUGACCAGUUCUGCCCUCACCUGCAUUUCUACACUACCUACGUUGACAACUUUCAAACAGCAAAGAAGGUCCUUGCAGUGCAGCUGAAGAAAAACAAAGCAUUUAGACGAUUUAAGAAGCUUCAGGAGGCCAGACCCCAGUUCCACAAGCUGAAACUUGAAGACCUGCUUCCUCUUCCACUGGAGCGCAUUCAGCAGUACAAUAAUUUCUUGAGGGACUUGACAGAGAACACCAGUCCAGAUAACCCAGAGUUCCAGCAGCUUUCAAGGGCUGUGAGCGCUGUCUCCGAGGUGGCCCAGCGCAUCCAGGACAACGCCCGCAGCCAUGAGAACCACCUGCAGCUGCAGAGGGUCCAGAAACUGCUCAAGGGCCGAAAGACCAGGCUGCUGACUCCAGGUCGCUGGUAUAUUCGUGAAGGUUGGCUGAAAACAGUGCCCCCUAAAGGCACGGAGACCAAGCCCAAGAUGUUCUUCCUCUUCUCUGACAUCUUGGUUCAGGCCAAACGGUGUGGUCCAAUGCACCCAACAAAUGGAGACAAGCUGGCCUGUCAGUGUGUCUACCCGCUCAACGAGUGCACCGUGGACAAAGUGUUUGGCCACACCAAGAGCCAGGGAGGCCUCAUCAGUUUGACCUUUUCCAGAGCCAAGCUGCUCCUCAUGUCCAGUGAUCAGGAGGACAUUAACGAUUGGUACCGCAGCCUUUGCCUGGCCAUCGGAAAGCUGAAAAGGAAGAACACAGUAGUGCACAGGAGAGAGGACCUCCUCCGACCGCCGCUCCGCGCAGCCACACACAGCCAGCACAGUACACCGACCUCGUCCCAGAUACACAGCAGGAAGAGGGCUAUGGCAAGUGAACAGAAGACUGAGAGCGGCAUGAGCAACUUUCGACCUCCAGCUGGAGAGAGUGCAGGCAGCGCAUCCAAAAAGAUAAAACUCUCUGAGGUUCCUACCGGAAGAUCCCAGGAAUCGUCCGGCUCGAGCUGCGUCAUUCUGUAAGGCGAUACAGAUGCUGAAUUCUUGACUGUGACUGAGAGAACCGGUGGAAUCUGUGACUGGGACUCUGGUCGAAUCCACAUUAUGUACUGAAAGAAUUCUGUCGGUUCAUACUCGAGCAUGUGAUUUUAGGAAAUGUUUUUUGUUUUUCUACUCCUAUAUGCCAAAGAACAAAUGUAGACUGUGUUCCUUCUUUACAAAUGUGUUUUAUUUGCCUUUGAUGUUGUGUGGUCCAUCCUGCAUACCACUGUCAACUGAAUAUGCUAGGGGCAACAAAUUUUUAACUUCUGAACACAUUACGAAGUAUUGCUUUUAUAUGUAUCGUAUCUUGUGUAUCAUAUAGCUACUCAUAAUCUACACUCCUACGAUUAUUUAUCACACCAAAACAUCAUGUAUUCUGAUCACUGGGAAGAAAGAUGACGAUGCAAUAUAAAGAGGUACAUGAAGGGAUUUUACUACUGAUUGUUUUAUGGACCGGAUAUACUGAUUGCGAUUUAUUAUAUAGUAUUGUAAUCGGCGCUCAAUCUGCAAGCAACCAAGCCAUUUUCCAUUGUGUUACGUUACUAAUAAUGCUUAUAAUAUGUUGUCUUUAUAACACUCUCUUUUAAUCAGGUGUGUUAAUGUUACUGAAAACUGUUAAUCAAAUCCCUACUUGUCUUUAUGGCGACUUGGUUUUAAGUUGCAGUUUAUAAGUUUGUCAUUAGAGACUGUAUAAAAUUUUUUUUGACUUUCAGAUCAUUUUAUGAGGUAGGUUUGAUCAGGUAAUCGGACCUCAUCCAAACACUGGACUAAUCAAAAAAAAUCAUUGUCAUAUUCAAAUUGGUCACAGAUAAAUUUUGGACACGUUUAUAUUAUUGAUUAUGAUCUGUAUUCUCUCAUCUAAUCAUUUAUAUUGCUUUAUUAGACCCUACAAACCUGAGAAUGUUGGGAGAACUGCCUGAUGCCUUGUGGUGCAUUACAUAUCCAAAAGCGCCCUCUUGUGGUCAGUGUAAUCACACAACUGUGUACACACAAUGCUGAAAUAUUUGUAAUGUGAAGGCUUGUUUAGACUUCAUUCUAAACUCUCUGGCCAUUUUUCAGCAAACAAUAAAACCCAACUUGGGGGGGGAA